UGUACGACCCCCCACAUCGACUAGCGCGCGCAAACACAAAACUCACACAUCCACGGGCGCCAAACUCGAUCCAGCCGAGCGCCCAAAAAUCCGGUGGAAAGGAGGGGAGGAGAGCUCCAGAACCCUAGCCAUGGCCGGGGAGGCAGGAGGGGGGCGGCCCCGCGACUGGCUCUCCAUGGACGAGACGGCGGCGGCCUUCCUCUCCCGCUCCCUCUCCACGCGGCCCCCCAUCCUCCUCCCGCCGCCGCUCCACCGCGCGCCGCUCCGCCCGGGCAACGUUGUUGAGAUCGCUGGCCCGUCUGGCUCCGGCAAGUCCCAGCUGCUCCUCAUGUCUGCAGUGCAGUGCAUACUACCAAAGGAGUGGGAAGGUGUCUAUUUCGGCGGCCUGGGGAAAGCAGUCAUGUACAUUGACUUGGACUGCCGAUUUGAUGUGCUGCGGCUGGCUCAGAUCCUGAGGAAGCGCAUCGCAGCAUGUUAUGGUUCAGUGCAUCCAACAAAUGAAAAUUUUGUAACUGAUGGUUCAAAAGAUAAAUUUCAUUCGUUUGAAAGUACACUGUUUUCUGAUUGCAUGAAGCGUUUCCUGUAUGUCCGCUGUUACAAUAGUUCUGAACUUGUAGCUGCUUUGAAGAGUCUAAAAUCUCAAUCUGAAGCAAGGAGCGAAGUUUUUGGUAUUGGUGUAUAUUUCCUUAUGUUAGACAGCAUUGGCGCAUUCUACUGGAUAGAUCGUGCUCUUCAACCUACUAGAGAGAGUAAAGGGAAAACUCUAUCAUUUCAGAGUAUCACUGAAACUGUUGUCCAGGAGAUACACAAGUUUUUGCAACUUCAACCUAUUUUGGUGUUGGUCACAAAGGCACCUAUUUAUGGUGAAGGAAUCACAACAUCAAACGACUUCCAAAGGGGUUCUUUGAAACAUAUGUCAGAGGAUUCAACAGCUUUGAGAUAUCCAAAACGGGAAGAAGAAAGAAAUGGUUCAUGUCGUGAAUACAUGCCAUCUGCAUGGCAGACAUUUGUUACGCACCGGAUAAAGUUGCAAGAUUUAGCACAAGAAGCAGGGUUUUUCUCUGAGCAGGAAAAUGAAAUGCUCUCUGUACAUACUUGUGAGUGGGUGCAGCCUUCCCUGAACUCAAAAGAGAAGUUUUAUAUCAAGGAUGAUGGUGUUGGCCUUAUACAGUGAAGCCUAUCAGUUUCUGUGCUGGCAGAUAUCAUCAUGACUUGUCCGACCUCCUGACAGAAGUGCUGGGAUCUGUGAUAAAUGUAUGUUUGGGAAAUGCUAACGUAAUACCUCAUUGGUACUAACAGUUUGUGCUGCCUUAUGAUAUUUUGGGCGCGACAUGAUCACACGAUGGACCUGACCUUAUAAUUUACAUUGCUCCUGGGAAAAGCAGUGCACUUGCUGUUUAACUUAACAUCAGAAGGCGAGAGGGAGAACCCAAAGGUGAUAGAUAUGCUCAAGAGGUGCCAGUGUUUCAGCUGGUAUGACCUUCCUAGUCAUCUAACAGCCCAUAUUCGAGCAACCCUGAUGGUGCCAUCAUACAUGUCGCUUUCUCUGUUCCUAGGGAUUUUACAGAUUAUAAUGUAGUUUAGGACUCGUCCUGAGCCCCAGAAACUGGGGGACUUAAGUUUAUAGGGUAUGGGGGAUACGAUCCAGGUUGAACAUAAAUAGGUUAUAAAUUCAACUUGUUGAUUUUUUCAAGGUCAACUGUUUGGCUGGUUGUUGUGGAAGCAUUCACCGAGCUUCCAGCCUAGGUCUAAACUAUUACUCCCUCCGUUCCAAAUUACUCGUCGAAUGGAUGUAUCUAGAACUAAAAUACAUCUAGAUACAUCCAUACCUGCGACAAGUAAUUCGGAACGGAGGGAGUAUUUAUGUACUAAUAUAUCACCAGCCCAUUGUCUUUUGUUCA